GAGUCUCUCGCUGCUCGUCCGCGAGCGGAAUGGACAGGGUGGCGGGCCAGCGCCGUGCCCAAAGCCUCCGCGCUCUUCUCGACAAAACAGCAGAGGACAAAUAAACAGUAUUGACCAGUGUUUGCAAGAGCCGCUGCAAGAUGGCCAAUCUGACCAUAUGCUACUCUGACCAACCCAUGGACUUUUUCUACAACUUCAGUAGCAACAACAGCCAGAAAAAUGAGUGGGAUUCUAAGCAGCUUAUUGUUGUCCAGGUUUUUGGGUCUGUCUUCUGCUUCUUCAUCCUCGUAUCCAACGCCAUGAUCAUUGCAGCUGUGAUUACAAACAGGAGGUUCCAUUACCCAUUUUACUACCUCCUUGCCAACCUUGCAGCAUCAGACUUUCUUGCUGGAAUUGCUUACAUUUACCUUAUGUUUAACACAGGUGAAGUGUCCAGACAGCUCACUGUGUCACUAUAUUUUUUCCGUCAGGGCCUGCUGGACACAAGCCUCUCAGCUUCACUAGCUAAUCUGCUAGUGAUUGCAUUAGAGCGCUACAUUUCUGUAAUGAACUGGAAAGUCCACAGCAAUCUUACAAAACGACGAGUGACAUUGCUUAUUGUGUUGGUAUGGACUGUUUCUAUAUUUAUGGGUGCUGUGCCCAGUCUGGGUUGGAAUUGCAUCUGCAGCCUGGAAUUAUGCUCCAAAUUGGCCCCCAUAUACAGUAGGAGCUACCUGGUGUUCUGGUCACUAUCCAACUUGUUACUCUUCUUGGUAAUGGUGACAAUCUAUUUGAGGAUAUACAUGUACGUCAAGAAAAAAACAUCUGUUCUGUCCUCACACACUAGUGGCUCAAUAAACCGCAAGAGGACUCCAAUCAAACUCAUUAAGACUGUAAUGACGGUUCUAGGGGCCUUUGUGGUCUGCUGGACCCCAGGACUGGUGGUGUUAUUGCUGGAUGGUAUAAACUGCCAAAGCUGUAAUGUUUUGAGCUUCAAGCGUUGGCUACUCCUCCUGGCUGUGCUCAACUCGAUCAUGAACCCCAUCAUCUACUCUUAUAGAGAUGAGGAGAUGUGGAUGACCCUGAAGAACCUGCUUCGCUGUGUUUGCAGUGGGACCCGCAGGCAGAGGUCUUCUAGGGCCAACACCUGGGCAAUGGGCUCCAUGCAGGAACCCAGCAAUACUCAGUAUACCUCAGAGGACAGUAAAAGCUCCAUAAAGGUAAUGCUUCAGAACUAAGGUCAUCUCGUGACAUGUCAUCGGGAAGUAAAUGGCAGACCGGUUUAGUUGUGUCUCAGUAGGGAGGCCAUGUGUGGAGCAAUCCCUCAAUUCAUUGCAAAAGUCCACAGACCACUCCACAGACAGCUGGACUUGUUUCAGCAAGGACAGUUUAACUGAGCACCGUGUUUGCCCAGCAGGAAGAAGGUGAUGGACUGUUUACAGUCUUCUCAGAACCUCAUUGAGGACCUCUUGAUUUUAAAAAUGGAAAAAUCCACUGUAUAAUUUCUUUUUUUUUUUACCUCAAAAGAUUUUAUUGUGUUCUUUAUUUUAA